ACCCGCCGCGCUCGGGGGCGGCUGCCCCCGGCCGAGCCUCCAUCUGCAGCCCGGCGGCGGCGGCGGCGGCGGCGGCGGGAACAUGGCGGACCUGGAGGCGGUGCUGGCCGAUGUCAGCUACCUGAUGGCGAUGGAGAAGAGCAAGAGCACCCCGGCGGCCAGGGCCAGCAAGAAGAUCACCCUGCCCGAGCCCAGUAUCCGCAGUGUUAUGCAGAAAUAUCUUGAGGAAAGGGGUGAAUUAACCUUUGACAAGAUUUUUCAUCAGAAAAUUGGAUUUUUGCUUUUUAAAGACUAUUGCAUGAAUGAAAUCGAUGAAGCUGUCCCUCAACUGAAGUUUUACGAAGAGAUAAAAGAAUAUGAGAAACUGGAUUCUGAGGAUGAGCGUCUUACCAGAAGCCGGCACAUUUAUGACACGUAUAUAAUGAAAGAACUCCUGUCGUGUUCCCAUCCUUUCUCAAAACAAGCUGUAGAUCAUGUGCAAAUGCAUCUAGCCAAGAAACAAGUGCCAGCCAGCCUUUUUCAGCCAUAUAUAGAAGAAAUUUGUGAUAGUCUCCGAGGAAAAAUAUUUCAAAAAUUUAUGGAAAGUGACAAGUUUACUAGAUUUUGUCAAUGGAAAAACGUAGAACUAAAUAUUCAUCUGACCAUGAAUGAUUUUAGUGUACAUAGAAUAAUUGGAAGAGGGGGAUUUGGUGAAGUAUAUGGCUGCAGAAAAGCAGACACUGGAAAAAUGUAUGCAAUGAAAUGUUUAGAUAAGAAGAGAAUCAAGAUGAAGCAAGGAGAAACAUUAGCCUUAAAUGAAAGAAUUAUGCUGUCUCUUGUCAGUACAGGAGACUGUCCCUUUAUAGUGUGUAUGACCUAUGCCUUCCACACCCCUGACAAACUUUGCUUCAUUCUGGACCUGAUGAAUGGAGGAGAUUUGCACUACCACCUCUCCCAACAUGGAGUGUUUUCUGAAAAAGAAAUGAGAUUUUAUGCUACUGAAAUCAUCCUGGGCUUAGAACACAUGCAUAAUCGCUUUGUUGUGUACAGAGACUUAAAGCCUGCAAACAUCCUGUUGGACGAACAUGGGCAUGUAAGAAUAUCAGAUCUUGGGCUGGCCUGUGAUUUUUCUAAAAAGAAGCCACAUGCUAGUGUAGGUACCCACGGAUACAUGGCUCCAGAGGUGCUCCAGAAGGGAACAGCAUAUGACAGCAGUGCCGACUGGUUCUCUCUGGGCUGCAUGCUUUUCAAGCUGCUGAGAGGUCACAGUCCUUUCAGACAGCACAAAACCAAAGAUAAGCAUGAGAUCGACCGGAUGACACUCACCGUGAAUGUGGAGUUACCAGAUUCAUUUUCUCCUGAACUAAAGUCCCUUUUGGAAGGGCUUCUGCAGCGGGAUGUUAGCAAGAGACUUGGCUGCCAAGGGAGAAGUGCACAAGAAGUGAAAGAGCAUGCUUUCUUCAAAGGGAUCGAUUGGCAGCAAGUCUAUUUGCAGAAGUAUCCUCCACCAUUGAUUCCUCCCCGGGGAGAAGUAAAUGCAGCAGAUGCUUUUGAUAUUGGGUCCUUUGAUGAAGAGGACACUAAAGGCAUUAAGUUGUUUGAUAGUGACCAGGAAUUAUAUAAGAAUUUUCCUCUGGUAAUAUCGGAGCGCUGGCAGCAAGAAGUAGCAGAAACGGUUUAUGAUGCGGUAAAUGCAGACACGGAUAAAAUUGAGGCCAGAAAAAGGGCUAAAAAUAAGCAGCUUGGCCAUGAGGAAGAUUAUGCACUUGGGAAAGACUGCAUUAUGCACGGAUACAUGCUGAAAUUGGGGAAUCCAUUCCUGACUCAGUGGCAGCGUCGUUACUUCUACCUCUUCCCAAACCGACUUGAAUGGCGAGGAGAAGGAGAAUCACGGCAAAAUCUACUGACGAUGGAACAAAUAGUAUCUGUUGAAGAAACACAAAUUAAAGAUAAGAAAUGCAUCUUACUGAGAAUUAAAGGAGGAAAACAGUUUGUCCUACAGUGUGAGAGUGACCCAGAGUUUGUUCAGUGGAAAAAAGAGCUGACAGAAGCUUUUACUGAGGCACAGAGGUUGCUGCGUCGGGCUCCAAAGUUUCUCAAUAAAUCUCGCUCAACAGUUGUAGAGCUUUCAAAACCACCCCUCAGCCACAGGAAUAGCAAUGGUCUGUAGAAGAAAUAGAGAACAAAGUUCACAUAGGGAAAGCUGCUUUGUGAACAUGUCGAGUUCCACAGAAUCAUUAUUAAUGAGUUACUUUGUACAGUCCUGGAAACAGGAUGUACUUAGGAGAAGAAGAAUUAGAUGUUUACAGCAUGGGAUAAUGUCAGAACUCGGUACCUGGCGGCUGUGAAGACAGAAACGAUGGCAAGUGAGUUCAUACCCCAACGGUGGUGCGAGUUCCCAGACGUGGAGGCUGCGUAUUGCUCCCAUGCAUUCCUGCACCCUGGUGGUGUUGGAAAAUGGUCCGUUACUCUAGAACUACUGAUGGAAGGAAGAUCCUGUUUUCUCUGCAAUACCUUAGUUUGGUUUAUACCAACCCUGGAAACUGAAAUGGUUACUGCUGGUUAGGAUUUACACUUCUGUAUCUGAUUUCGACAAAUCCCUCAAAUCUGGAAGGAGCUGCAGACUUGCCGUGUUGGAGAACAUUUAAUCUGUCAUGUCGCCAUGUUCUUUCCGACCAUUACUGCUGACUUUACUAUAACCUUUCUCCAUACUGCUGAUAAUCAACAGUGUGACUCUUAUGCACUUCAAAGUACUGAAUUCUAACUGUCCUGUGGUUUAAAUGUUAUUGCUACUUCAUGGAAGCAUUGAAGUCAAAUUAUUCAUUUGGUUUGUUGUACUCACUAGUAGUAGCUACCACCGUUUUGCUUCUUCUACGUAUAUGCAGUACUAUAACUGACACAAUAGAGUAAUAAUUGGUGAAGAGGAAUUUAUGGUAGCUUCAUCUAGUGCUCUGUUGUAUACAUUGACUAUUUUAGCACAGUUUUUAAAGAGCAGAUUCCUUUUGACAAGUUUACAGUGAAUAUAAAGACAGUUCUUUUCCAUUUCAGGUCAACUGCACUUUUUAAAAAUUAAAAAGAAGUUAUUCAAAUUGAAUGCAUUGUAGUGCAUGUACUGGGUUAAAACAUAUGGGUACCUUGGUACGUAUUCUGGAUGACUCUUCAGUUACGGGACUUGUGGAUCCUUUUGUUUUACACAAGAACAUAAGCAAAUGUGUUCUCAUAGCAUAAAUAUCCCCAACUUUCAUGGUAACCAAGCUCAGAAGAGUCAUGUGUGCAUCAUAGGACUCGGCUUGCAGAAGGCUUUUUAAUUUUCUUUUCUAGAGAAUUCAAAAUGUCUACAUUGAAAACAGUCGGAAAAUACUGAGAAUGGAGCUGACAGAAUGAGCUGAUCUAAUGCCAGAGCUAUAUUAAUUUUACUUAAGACAUCAGUAUGUCAUGUGGAAACUGUUAUUUUGCAAAAGUAAAGAUACAAUCUCUUAAUUGUUAGACAAUUUUAAGCAUGUCAAGUCAGCCUUUCCCUGGUUGUUGCGUGUUUUUUUUUUUUUUUUUUUUUUUUAUGAGGGUUGUUGGGGGCUGAAUUUAAGUGUUCUUCUGAUUCUGUAAACACCCUAAGAACAUUUUUCUGCCCAAUUACAAUGGUACAACUCUCAUAGUCCCUCAGUACAAUGGGAAUUGCAUCUCUGUAAAUGGGAGCAGCACUUGCACCAACAACCUGUGCUGUUUGCCUCUUGUGCACAGUUUACAUUCAGCUUGUGUUGCUAGCGAAUUACCAGAGAGUUUCAGACCUGUUUCCUUCAAAAUACAGAUUAGCAAAAAUACAGGAUUUAUUUCAGAAGUAUUUGAUUAUCCUGAACACACCUGUGAUAAAAUCAGAUGUAUUUGCUUCUAAAAGUUGGACUGGCUAACCUUUGCAUAGCAUGUGCUUUGACAACUGUGCAAACUCUUUAUUAUGAUCUGGCAUAGCAUAAAAGGAAAAAUGCAUUUUAGAAAAUACCUCAUGUCUGUUAGAUAAUAUUUUUAAUGAUAUUCCCCCCCCCUUUUUUUAAUUACUUUAUAAAAAGAGUUCCAAGCUAUGAGUCCUUCUCACUGGUAAGUGAUGUUUAGUGUCUAAGCAUCCUCUGUAAGGAGCAGUUGUGGUAUUUGUUGAAGUUUAUACUGGUUUGGAAUAGAAAAUGUCUCAUUUUAUUGGCAUUGACUGUGUAUUGAAUAUUUUAAAGUUUUUUCUACAAUACCAUGCAAUGCUCUUAUUUUCCAUGUUGAUUUGAAAACUCAGUUUAUGAUAAAAUCUUAGUUCUCAUGUAACUUGUUAUUUUGCUCAUAUUUUCUGAGUUCAAUACCUACUCCAUAUUUUUCUUUGAAUUAUUUUCCAUAGCUGCUUGUUAUGAUAAAAUCGUUUGGGAACAGUAGCUGGGUUUCUGACAACGUACCAUAGAUUCUGCGUUGCUGCUAUCCGUGAAUAGGGGAGAGAGAUGUCUGCUAUUGAGAAACUGUGCCUCAAACCCACAGAUUUUAUAUGAAA